GACCAUAAUUUGUAUUUUCAUCAAUUUGUUCCUCCAUAAAAUUAAAAGUCUUUCUUCAAUUCACUACACAAAUACUGUUUGUGUUAAUUAACAAUGGAAUCCUCUUCAGCUCUAACACUUUCUCAGCUUCCUUAUGUCUACUCUGCAAUACCAAGCACCAACAAAAACUAUCAUUUUUGGCCAGCUAGGAAACAAAGGAACUCUCAAUUAUCUACAAGGUUACAAUGCAACAAGAUGUUUGUACCUGGAUUUGGAGAAGCAUCACCUGAAGCAAAGGCUGCCAUAAACCUCCAUAAUUUCUUCACCUACACUGCAGUUAAAAUUGUUGCUGCUCAACUUGAGAGCUAUAAUCCUGAAGCAUACAUUGAACUAAUGGAAUUCGUGGGUAAACACCCAUUGGAUGAUGGUGAUAAGUUUUGUGCCAGUAUGUUUAGAGAAUCAUCAAGACAUAAGAACUUAGCCCUACGUAUAAUGGAGGUGAGAUCAGCAUACUGCCAAAAGGAUUUUGAAUGGGACAACUUGAAGACUCUAGCAGUUAAGGUUUAUAAUUUAGUAGCUUUCUAUGUAUGGUCACUGACUCUAACACGCGGCUUAUGAGGGAAUAUGUCUCGGAAACCAGUCGUGCUGAAAACGAGAAUUGAGUGACUAGUCCAGCAGCAGAGCAAGCCCCAUUCAUUCCCUGGGAUCGAAGAGAAGCUUGGGCAACGUAUUAAUAUGUAUGGAAAUUGGAAAGGAAGAAACUCAUUUGCAAGGUUCUUGAUGAAUUGCAUACUCCAGCGUUAGCAUGGUUAUGAUUAAAAAAUCAAGUUAGACCAUAAUGGUUAUAUGAAGGAAGAAAAAAAUGAAUUUUAUGAUUCAAGUUUCUUUGAGAAUUUUUCUAAAGCUAUUUUUUAGUUUGAUUAAAUUAAUAUAACAGUUUACACAAAAAAAA